AUGGCUAGUGAGGAGAGUUUUGUUGUUUUGGUGCACCACAGAGGAUCUGUUAAUAGAAAAACUCGUUCCGGAGUAAAGUUCACAGAUAAGAAUCCUCUAUGUAUUGUCAUAACAUCUACGACGAGUUACGAUGACCUUGUUAGCGCUGUACUAAUGAAGCUUGGUCUGGAGGGUGCGAAGCGGGUAAAGAAGUUUUUCUAUCGCAUUCCAGUCACGGUGCUACAGAAUACGGUGAAGUAUGAUUGCUUCACGAUUAAUAAUGAUGCGGACUUGCAAGUAAUGUUUCUCUGUCGGCGGCAGUUUCCGGAGGUGAGGACACCGGAGUUGUUGGCCCGGCUGGUUGAUGUUGUAUCCAGCUCCGGCGGUUCGAACAGGAAUAUGAACACUAUAGCGAAUGCAGCAGGUUCUAGUUCCCGGCCUGCCGUUGCUUCCUCGUCCGUCCCUGUGUACGAACCAGUGGUCCAACAUGUCGCCUCCCCAUCUUUCGCUGUUGACCUCAAUGCCACCGAAGGCGACGAGGUAGUGGAAAGGGAAAAUUUGCCGAACACUUUAGUGGGAGUUGCACCUGUUGGCGUAGGAGACGGUUUUUUGGACGAUGAAGACGAGGAUGACGUCGAGCCGGAUAUGAUUGACGAUGAUAGCGCUGAUGAUAUUGGAGCGACUGGGCCUGCAUUGGAGGUAGGUGGUUCUAGCUCUGGCACACAGCAGUAUCCACCACAUUUUUCCUCAUUGGACUUGGAUGCCAUGAGACAUGAGGGGGUUUUAGGGCACGCUGUUGGAUUCGGAGCUAGAGAUGCGGAAGGGAGUACUGGUCUGACAGAGUUCCAGGUUGGUCAGCAAUUCCAGGAUAAAGAUGAGGCCCUUUUAAGUGUGAAGACUUACAGCAUCCGGCGAGGGGUACAGUACAAGGUGGUGGAGUCCGAUCACCGCCGGUAUGUGGGCAAGUGUUCCGAGUUUGGGAAUGGGUGCACAUGGUUGAUUCGACUGAGUCUCCGGAAGCGCAAGGGCAUCUGGGAGGUCAACGGUACAAUGGACCUCACACUUGCCUGGCCACAUCCAUCUCUAGUGACCACAGGAGUUUGGAUUAUCAUGUGA